AAUAUUAUGAAUUAAGUAAAUUAGGUCCUUCAAAAACCUUAAAUGUACUUUUAAAUAAUAGUUCUAGAGACAAAAAGGUCUUUGAUAGUACAAGUUAUGCCCUUCCAAAAAGUGAUUAAAUUAUGACUAGAUUAUCUGAAAAUUUCUCAAAAUUUGGUGCUACUUAUAGUUAAUUUACAAUUGCUAUAGUUGUAUUAGGAGGAUUAACAAAUUUGGUAUUUCUGAUAAGCGUAGGAUUGAGCAUAGCCCUGUAUUUGAUUUUUUAUUAUUCAUAGUUGGUACACUAUUUUGAAAAAUGAUGAUCUUUUAGAUUAUAUUCCUAAUUUCGGAUUUCUAUCAACAGAUAAAAAAAAGGUUGUGUUGUUUUUAGGUAGAAAUUGUUAUAUAAUAUAUUUUUUAGUGAAUGUUAUUGUAUUGUAUAUGUUUUGUGGAGAUUCCAUAUUUACUUACAUUGGGGUUGGGUAAGAAUAUAAUAUCGAUUUAGUUUCCUUAUAUCAUUUUUACACUCAUUUUUGUUUGUAUCACCAUCAACAGGAGCUUUAAUUGAUGGCUAAUCUAAUCAACAAACCAAUUAAGAUUUAACUUAGUAUGUUAAUUUCACCAAUAACAACAAUAUUGAAUUAUAAUAUAAAUGAUUCAUAUUAUAUAAGGUUG